AUGGAGGUGGACAAUCUGAAGAAGGAAAACGCAGCACAAGAGAUAGAGUUGGCCAUAUUGAAGACCAGAUUGGUAGCUACAGAGAUUGAAGUCGACUUGAAGAUGGACAGUGCAGCACAUGAGCAGGAGCUGACAGCAGUGAAGACCCGACUGGCAGCCACUGAGACUGAAGUGGAGAAUCUGGAGAAUGAGAUCAGAGUAGCACCCAAGGUGGCCUUCUCAGCAAGUCUGGGUAUUGACGGAUCCAUAGAGUCUGGGAGUAAUGACCUGGACUUAGUGUUCAAGAGAGUCAUCACCAAUGUAGGAGAGGCCUACAACAGCACAACUGGCUUCUUCACAGCUCCAGUCAGGGGGGUCUACUACUUCAGGUUCACUGUUAUGGAUUUGCUGGACUCACGUCAAAUGCAUAUCAGGAUGCAUAAGAACGGAGAGCAGCUCAUGUUUCUGUAUGAGCGUGACACUGAUGGAUAUGCCUCCUAUGUGUCCAGUGGCCUGACCCUGCAGCUGGAGAAGGGAGAUGUAGUGAACAUGGUGCUACCAGCAGACCACAAGCUCUAUGAUGAUUCUAAUAACCACAGCACCUUCAGUGGCUUCCUGCUCUUCCGGCUUCACACACCUCCUGCUCUUCCCUCUCUGAACGCCACAACAUCACCAUGACCACUCACCACUCACUUUAGAGAUU